GCGGCAGGCACCGGCUGCGCUAGCAGGUACUGGCGGCAGAGGUGACGAGGCCGCCCCCAGGGGGGCGAGCGGGCAGGCGGGGACUCGGCCCGCUGCGCCCCUAGGCUGCGCGGAGCGCUCGCGCUCGGCACUCUUCUCGUACCGCGGCAACAGCGCCGGCGAGCCGCCUCUCCCAGCCCUGCCAGCCCGGGCCCUACCUGCGGCCGCCGUCGUGGGGGGGGGUCCUCCCAGCUCUGCGGAGGCGCAUGAACAAUAGGCGGCGGCGGCUCCUGCGGGCGGCGGCGGCCCCGCAUCCUAUGGAUCGGCCGCUCCAUGGAGCCCUCCAGAGCGCGUCUCGGCUGCCUAGCGAGCGCCGCCGCUGUCGCCCCGCCGGGGGAGGAUGGAGCAGGGGCCGGGGCCGAGGAGGAGGAGGAGGAGGAGGAGGCGGCGGCGGCGGGCCCCGGGGAGCUGGGCUGCGACGCGCCGCUCCCUACUGGACGGCCGUGUUCGAGUACGAGGCGGCGGGCGAGGACGAGCUGACCCUGCGGCUGGGCGACGUGGUGGAAGUGCUGUCCAAGGACUCGCAGGUGUCCGGCGACGAGGGCUGGUGGACCGGGCAGCUGAACCAGCGGGUGGGCAUCUUCCCCAGCAACUACGUGACCCCGCGUAGCGCCUUCUCCAGCCGCUGCCAGCCCGGCGGCGAGGACCCCAGUUGCUACCCGCCCAUUCAGUUGUUAGAAAUUGAUUUUGCGGAGCUAACCUUGGAAGAGAUUAUUGGCAUCGGGGGCUUUGGGAAGGUCUAUCGUGCUUUCUGGAUAGGGGAUGAGGUUGCUGUGAAAGCAGCUCGCCACGACCCUGAUGAGGACAUCAGCCAGACCAUAGAGAAUGUUCGCCAAGAGGCCAAGCUCUUCGCCAUGCUGAAGCACCCCAACAUCAUUGCCCUAAGAGGGGUAUGUCUGAAGGAGCCCAACCUCUGCUUGGUCAUGGAGUUUGCUCGUGGAGGACCUUUGAAUAGAGUAUUAUCUGGGAAAAGGAUUCCCCCAGACAUCCUGGUGAAUUGGGCUGUGCAGAUUGCCAGAGGGAUGAACUACUUACAUGAUGAGGCAAUUGUCCCCAUCAUCCACCGCGACCUUAAGUCCAGCAACAUAUUGAUCCUCCAGAAGGUGGAGAAUGGAGACCUGAGCAACAAGAUUCUGAAGAUCACUGAUUUUGGCCUGGCUCGGGAAUGGCACCGAACCACCAAGAUGAGUGCAGCAGGGACAUAUGCUUGGAUGGCACCCGAAGUCAUCCGGGCCUCCAUGUUUUCCAAAGGCAGUGACGUGUGGAGCUACGGGGUGCUACUUUGGGAGUUGCUGACUGGUGAGGUGCCCUUUCGAGGCAUUGAUGGCUUAGCAGUCGCUUAUGGAGUGGCCAUGAACAAACUCGCCCUUCCUAUUCCUUCUACAUGCCCAGAACCUUUUGCCAAACUCAUGGAAGACUGCUGGAAUCCUGAUCCCCACUCACGACCAUCUUUCACGAAUAUCCUGGACCAGCUAACCACCAUAGAGGAGUCUGGUUUCUUUGAAAUGCCCAAGGACUCCUUCCACUGCCUGCAGGACGACUGGAAACACGAGAUUCAGGAGAUGUUUGACCAACUCAGGGCCAAAGAAAAGGAACUUCGCACCUGGGAGGAGGAGCUGACGCGGGCUGCGCUGCAGCAGAAGAACCAGGAGGAACUGCUGCGGCGUCGGGAGCAGGAGCUAGCUGAGCGGGAGAUUGACAUCCUGGAACGGGAGCUCAACAUCAUCAUCCACCAGCUGUGCCAGGAGAAGCCCCGGGUGAAGAAACGCAAGGGCAAGUUCAGGAAGAGCCGGUUGAAGCUCAAGGACGGCAACCGCAUCAGCCUCCCUUCUGAUUUCCAGCACAAGUUCACGGUGCAGGCCUCCCCCACCAUGGAUAAAAGGAAGAGUCUUAUCAACAGCCGCUCCAGUCCUCCUGCAAGCCCCACCAUCAUUCCUCGCCUUCGAGCCAUCCAGUGUGAGACUGUUUCCCAAAUUAGCUGGGGCCAGAACACACAGGGGCACCUGUCCCCUGCUCUGUCCAGCCACCGACUGGUCCAGGCUUGCUCCAUCCAUAACUUCUGCCACCUCUCCUCGACAAUGUGUAUAUACAUGCACAUAUUGACACCAGGUGAAAGCAGCAAAACCUGGGGCAGGAGCUCAGUCGUGCCAAAGGAGGAAGGGGAGGAGGAGGAGAAGAGGGCCCCAAAGAAGAAGGGACGGACAUGGGGGCCAGGGACGCUUGGUCAGAAGGAGCUUGCCUCAGGAGAUGAAGGAUCCCCUCAGAGACGUGAGAAAGCUAAUGGUUUAAGUACCCCAUCAGAAUCUCCACAUUUCCACUUGGGCCUCAAGUCCCUGGUAGAUGGAUAUAAGCAGUGGUCGUCCAGUGCCCCCAACCUGGUGAAGGGCCCGAGGAGUAGCCCGGCCCUGCCAGGGUUCACCAGCCUUAUGGAGAUGGCCUUGCUGGCAGCCAGUUGGGUGGUGCCCAUCGACAUUGAAGAGGAUGAGGACAGUGAAGGCCCAGGGAGUGGAGAGAGUCGCCUACAGCAUUCACCCAGCCAGUCCUACCUCUGUAUCCCAUUCCCUCGUGGAGAGGAUGGGGAUGGCCCCUCCAGUGAUGGAAUCCAUGAGGAGCCCACCCCAGUCAACUCGGCCACCAGUACCCCUCAGCUGACGCCAACCAACAGCCUCAAGCGGGGCGGUGCCCACCAUCGCCGCUGUGAGGUGGCUCUGCUCGGCUGUGGGGCUGUUCUGGCAGCCACGGGCCUAGGGUUUGACUUGCUGGAAGCUGGCAAGUGCCAGCUGCUUCCCCUGGAGGAGCCUGAGCCACCAGCCCGGGAGGAGAAGAAAAGACGGGAGGGUCUUUUUCAGAGGUCCAGCCGUCCUCGUCGGAGCACCAGCCCCCCAUCCCGAAAGCUUUUCAAGAAGGAAGAGCCCAUGCUGUUGCUAGGAGACCCCUCUGCCUCGCUGACGCUGCUCUCCCUCUCCUCCAUCUCCGAGUGCAACUCCACGCGCUCCCUGCUGCGCUCCGACAGCGAUGAAAUUGUCGUGUAUGAGAUGCCAGUCAGCCCAGUCGAGGCCCCUCCCCUGAGCCCGUGUACCCACAACCCCUUGGUCAAUGUCCGAGUAGAGCGCUUCAAACGAGAUCCUAAGCAAUCUCUGACUCCCACCCAUGUCACCCUCACCGCCCCCUUGCAGCCCAGCAGUCACCGGCGGACUCCUUCUGAUGGGGCUCUUAAGCCAGAGACUCUCCUAGCCAGCAGGAGCCCCUCCAGCAAUGGGUUGAGCCCCAGUCCUGGAGCAGGAAUGUUGAAAACCCCCAGUCCCAGCCGAGACCCAGGUGAAUUUCCCCGUCUCCCUGACCCCAAUGUGGUCUUCCCCCCAACCCCAAGGCGCUGGAACACUCAGCAGGACUCUACCUUGGAGAGACCCAAGACCCUGGAGUUUCUGCCUCGGCCGCGUCCUUCUGCCAACCGGCAACGGCUGGACCCUUGGUGGUUUGUGUCCCCCAGCCAUGCCCGCAGCACCUCCCCAGCCAACAGCUCCAGCACAGAGACGCCCAGCAACCUGGACUCCUGCUUUGCUAGCAGUAGCAGCACUGUAGAGGAGCGGCCUGGACUUCCAGCCCUGCUCCCGUUCCAGGCAGGGCCGCUGCCCCCAACCGAGCGGACGCUCCUGGACCUGGAUGCAGAGGGGCAGAGUCAGGACAGCACCGUGCCACUGUGCAGAGUGGAACUGAACACGCACAGGCCUGCCCCUUAUGAGAUCCAGCAGGAGUUCUGGUCUUAGCAUGAAAAGGAUUGGGGUGGGCAAGGGGGACAGCCGGCGGAGAUGAGGGGAGCUGGCGGGCACAGUCCUUUCUCAGGGUUGGACCCCCUGAGAUCCAGCCCUACUUCUUGCACUGAUAAUGCACUUUGAAGAUGGAAGGGAUGGAAACAGGGCCACUUCAGAGGGUCUUCUGCCCUGCAGGGCCUUUCUACCCAUGUCCACUGGAGGGGCUGUGGCCAUCAGCUCUGGCUGUGUAGGGGAGGGAGGGGUCCAUGCAUGUCCCCCACCCUCCACAGUCUUCCUUGCCUUUGGAGUGACUCUGCAGAGUCACUCAGCCAAAUCUGUCUGCUGCUCCCUCUCCUCAGCCAGUUGGGUGUGUGCAGAGCUGUCAUGGGGUCCCUUUGUCAGCCCCGAGUUCAGCUUCCCAAACACCAGUAUUGGAUAUUCUGUGAUUGAUUUUGCUCCUCCUCCGCUGUCCCCCAACACCCAGGAAUGGGAAUCUGGCUUGGUUCGAGAUAGGAGCUUUUCUGUGUCCUAAGCCCUUUCAUGCUAGCAGGAAUACUGAAAGUGAGGUGGCCCAGUGUGGGGUCAUAGGGCUUGAUAGACCUGGCACUACCUAUCUGCACUUCCAGGUGCCCCACCUAUUUAUCUGAGCCCACAGGUGGAAAGGGGAACUGCCUCAGUGAGAACAGGGGGAUGGGGGUAUUAGGAAAAAUACAGUAAAGUUGCAGUGAAGAGGUUCAUGAAGUAUGUCCUUGUUCUUUUUGGAAACUCUCGGCAAAGGGCAAACCAGCAACUGUUGAGGGUACCCAUCUAGCUACUUGGGGUCAGGACCUUGUCAGACCAGGUUCGGAUACAAUCAUCUGCUCAUCCCAGGAAUAGUUUCUUGGGGGACUCACUCACUGGUGCCAGUUCUAAGUCAGAGACAAAAUUCCACUGUCUGUUCCUUUUGUUGUCUGAACUUUAUGUGUUACUCCCUUCCUUUGGUCUUCACUCUAAUCCCUGGAGUUUGUGGGCUUUUGGUUAUGUUCGGUUAGUAGAUAUCACCGCAAUGCCCUAGAACAGCUAUGAAGCAGAAUACCAAAUGGCCACUGGACACUGGGACUUGGGAAUUCACUCUCAACUGGGCCAUCCAUGUUGUGAUGCCCUUGAAGUAAAAUGGAGCCAGCAGGAUCUGUAAAUGCAUGUGGCAAAGUGCUAUUUAUAGGGUGCCCAGGGAGCCGCUGAUGUACAAUAACCUUUGGGUCUCCCAUACUGGAAACUGACCAAGGCCUGUGCACAGGUAGCCCCUCAUGCUGGGCUCUGGACCAUAAGCUGAGUAGGAAGGAUAGCAGAGGCCAACCCUGACCUUUCUGGAAGUUGUUUCCUUAACUUGAAUGUUGAAUUUCCUCUAAAGCUUUCUCAUGUAUGUCUUCUCCAUGCGACUGCCCUGAGGCCUCCUGUGUUAUGUGUGAACAGUUGUCUUUAUGUGGGAAUGACGACUUAAUUGGGAGUAGAGUCUCAAGGUCAUUCCCCUCUUCCCUCGAGGCUCUCUGAAUGCUGCUCCACUGUCUUUUGUCUUGGAGGUCACUCAGCAGGUUCCUUGCAUUUGCUGCCUGGAUGUGCAGCUGGCAACAGUGAUGAAUUGGUCACUGCCCUUUCUCUAUAACUGGGAUAGAUGUCCUGCCUUGGGGAUCACUAAAGGGGUGACCUUGUUCCUUGCUUUAUGAGCCCAUUAGCACUUUGAUUCAAGGGGCCCACCAGUCUUGGACGGGAAGGCACUACUGGUUUUGUUGCCCAAGGUUUUGUUAUUGCUUCUCUUCUGUGUCCUUCUCUUUGUUCAGUGAAGCCAAUAUGUAAGAUAUUGUUACAGUAUUUUAUUGUUCAGUGAAGCCAAUAUGUAAGAUAUUCCCCUACUCCUGGGCUAGGAGGAAAAAAUGUAAAUCUUACCAGCAGUUCUAGCCAACCAAGUGAUUCUUCAUUCUUGAUGGGGAGAAGUACAUACAAAGUCUGUUCUGACAGGGCACGGUGGCUCAUGCCUGUAAUCCCAGUGCUUUGGGAGGCAGAGGCAGGUGGAUCACCUGAGGUCGGGAGUUCGAGACCAGCCUGACCAACAUGGAGAUACCCUAUCUCUACUAAAAAUACAAAAAAAUUAGCCAGGCAUGGUGGCACAUGCCUGUAAUCCCACCUACUCACAAGGCUGAGGCAGGAGAAUCGCUUGAACCUGGGAGGCAGAGGUUGCAGUGAGCCAAGGUUGCGCCAUUCCACUCCAGCCUGGACAACAAGAGCGAAACUCUGUCUCAAAAAAAAAAAAAAAGGUCUGUUCUGUGCCCUCCUUCCCCUGGACCCUCCAUAACCUCAGGCUAAGCCACGAACACAUCUGUAUAUCCUUGGCUGCACUAAAUGGCCCUCUUGUGGCCCUCCAAACCAUGCUGCCUAUACACAGUGCUCUGUGGUAUGAAGCAGAGAUUUUUCCUUUGCUCAUUUUUAACUUGCCAUUGUGGUAGGUUGCAGCCAUCUUUCUAGAUGUAGUGUAACUGAUGUAGUGUAACUGAAUGAUGGUCACCUGCCAUUGAGUGAGAGGUUGAAUGCCAUCCUUACUUGUCCACUGUGGGGAAUGAUAAAGCAAGGCUGGGUCUUUCUAAGGAAAUAAUUGUACCUGAAAGAAGCAAAAGCAGGGUUAUCCGAAGGUGCUACUGUGAGCAUCCAUGAAGAAGGAACAGUUACCAUCUCUCAACUCCUAUACACCUGGUCUCUGAUGGGCCCCUGACUUCUGCACUCUCUCAGUGGGGCAAGGUUGGAGAUGGGCUAAGGAUCUGUAUAGUAGUAGCAGGUCUCAGUGGCUUUCUAUUCACUCAGGUUCGCUUGUUCUGUGGUCGUGGUCAGGAGCAGGCCCUGGAGCUGUGGAUGAAGCCACUUGAGUGGCAGUAGCUGGGCCCCCUUUCCCCUGCCUUCCCUUUGCACAAAGACACAUUCCUUCUGCUCUUGGCAGGUGCUCACUUCAUGGAAGAUGGUAAUAGGAACAGAUACUGCUCUCUGCCCCUGCUCCUUGGAUUCUUCAGCUCCUACCGCUGAUUCGGAUUAUCCCCUGUUGACUCCCUUGGGGAUCCAGACUGCUGCCAGGAGGCUGAGUAGAUACCUCAGUUAUCUGUAUGUUAUUUCUGAGAGGCUUUGGCGGAUCUUCUUCACUUGGCAUCCUGUGGCAUCCCUAGGGUCUGGUAGUAACAAUAAUAGCAACAAUGAUAUCUUACAUUUGGAUAACUCAGAAUAGUGCUAACUUUUCCUCCUGACCUUUGCAAAAUGACACAUUUUCCUUGUACAUUUGAUACACUUGCUAGUAGAGAAGGGGACAUGCUUAAAGAUGAAAAUUCAAGUGAAGAGAAAUGAAAAAGUGGCUUGGACUAAUUGCUGAGUGAAGCCACCGGGCUCAGAACUGAACAGGUUGGCUGCAUUCCCCAUUCUGCUUUUGCUGUGUGGCCAUAGGCUUGUCUCUUUAGCCCCUCUCAGAUUUCCUUCCUUUAAAAGCAAUCAUUACAUGCCUUCCUCUCAAGGGGGUUGGGUGUAUGUAUCAGAGAAGGUCAGUGAAGCACCGUAGCUCCUUGCCAGCUCCUAGAGGAAGCUGCUUUCAUCUCUACAGGAUGAAUCGCUGAAGUUGAGUGUGUGGCUCUCGUCACCUUUGCCUUGAGGGAACUUGCCUUUUCUUUCGUCCUUUGGCUUCUGGAAGAGGAGUGAUUUGGAGGUGGCUGAGCAUGACUAAUGGGGGCCCCAGUCAGGCCCAUGCCCUUCUGCCGCAUUUAUGUAGCACCUGGUGUUGACAAGCAUUCUUUCCUAAUUCCCCCACUUAACUUGUCGGACGCUGUCUGCCAAUGUCAUCCUCACCAUUUGUGUCUUACAGAGAAGGAAAUGGGAGAGGGAGGUUGGUAGCAACAUCAGAGUGACAGUUGGCUGUCUCUCAUUUCUCGGGGUCAUCAGUCUGAUUUGUUUAGAGCCUGGAAUCAUCCCAGUUCCUGGAAGAAUCUUUGGAAAAGGGUUCCCUUGCUCUUGGGACAUGUGUCAUGGUCACUAAGCCCCCUUUCCCUCAGGCUACUGUUGCUCAGGGACACAGUGAGAUACCCCUAGGACAUCUAGACCUGACUUUUCAUGAACUCUUUUGCCUCUGUGGUCCCGACAUUGGAGUCCUCCCUCCCGCCUCCUUCAUUUGUGUGAAGGAGACACCUCCCGAGCAAUCCUAACUCAUCCAGCUCACUUUUAACAAAGCAAAGAGCAGAGGGCACUGAAGACUGGAUGGCUGUGAAUGGCACACCUUGGGGUGGAAAGUGUGUUGGCAGGAACCUGGUGAUAAAAGCUGCCUACUUCCUGGGUGUGUGAAUUUGCACACAUCUUUUCCCGUCUCUGGACUUCAGAAGCCUACUGUGAACUGGGGACGAUGCUAUCUACUUUCCCUCCUGAAGCCCUUCUAACUUUCAAAUGUAUGGUCCUGGAGCCAUGAGCCCUGCACAGAAACUGCAGCCUUGCCAGCUUGCUUCCCUUGGUGCAGAAAAGUGUGCGUGUGUAUGAAAUAUAUGUACGGUUUUACGUCAAAAACAGUCGAAUAUCAGCUGUUUCAUAUGGUUCACCCUAAUGUACCUGCCUCUCUCUUUGGCUUUAGGUCUGAGAAUGACUUGUCUUUGUCAAGGUAUACUAUUGUUAGAAACACAUUACCAAAUGCAUCUCUUCUGUCGGGAUCAGCGUAUUCCUAGAUUAGGAAUUCAAAUUAAUGAAAAUUCACAUGUGAAAGGAAAAUCCAUUGCUGUUUCUGGAGAGGAUCUCAGUCCUGGGCUUUUCCCUGGCAUUGCUACCUGGGUGGGUGCUCACCACUUCAGGUGCUGGUGUUGGAAGGCAGGAGGAGGAAGCUGAAAUCCUGCAAGUUAAGGCUAAUUAACAGGGCUUAGGUGCCUAAUUAGCGUGACUCAGCCCCGGACUUCUGGUUAGCUGUGCGGGCCAGGUGAGUCUCUUACGGACUUCCUCUCAGACUGCUGUUUCUCAUUUUGUCCUGAUGAGAUAUUGACAGUCAUGUCCACCCGCUUCCUCAUCCAUUUCCCGUCUUGGGCCCUGGAAGUACCGGGGCCUCUGUAGGCUGCCUAGGGAGCCCUGGCUUUGCUCUGCAUGUUGGACUCACUCCAUGAUCAGGAGCCAGUACGACUGCUCCUUCCUGAUUCUUACCGCCUGUGGUUCCCCAUCCCCUACAGGGAGCCUGCUUUGGGCCUUGAGCUGGAUAGAGGGAAGAGCUUUGGGGCCCAGCUGGUUAUGGGAGCUGAGCUUUUCCACACCUCUCUUUGUUAACCCUUGGAAACAGACCUGCCUUUCCCCUGACCCGUCUUCCUACCUGUCUGGUCUGACCUGCCCUCCUUGAAAGCACUCAUCACCUAGUUUUACUAGGCUGAUUGGCAGAUGUGGACAUGAUAGGUGUCUAUCGAGAUAGGUGUCUACCUAGUUAGGUGUCUCGGGAUUGGACAGCAGAAUGCCAUUCCAGGGGUGCACAGACAGGCCUCUCCUACCGGAACACGAGGGAUAGACGUCUGGGCAUUCUGAACCCAGAGGUCAGAGUAGUCACAAGCGGAGCCCAGGGAAGUGAGGGCCCCAGGACAUGCCCUGCGCUCACUGAAGUCCAAGGCUAGGUUUCAGAAGUAGUAUGCUGCCCGUUCCUGAGAUCCUUCACACCUGGACACCAACCCAGACAAAGCCUGACUUAAAAUUUUGAUACUAUAUUCAUCGUGGAAUUUUUCAGUAACUGAUUUUUAAAAAAUACUGCAUUGCAAUAUGAUUUAUCUCGAUUACUGAGGUUCGUUUUUGGUUUUUUUUUGGCACCCCCUUAAAUUUUAACCCAAGGUGAGGGCCUCACUCCACUCUAGACCCAGCUCUGCCUGCCCCUCACCUGGACCUGUGAGAGGGGCUUAGAUAACACUGUGAAAUAGGUUUUAUGUUUUUUUCUUGCCCUUCCCCUCAGGUCCUGAGUGAGGCAGCGGCUCUCUUGGGGUGCUCGCGUUUAAAUAGGAGUGUGUAGACUUACAGCAAUGAAACAUCUAGGAGCUUUUAACUUUGGAUCUACACCUGGGUGUGACAUUUCCUUGGUGUUCUGGCUGCCUUUCCGGCUCUGCAGCCCUGAGGGCACUUGUGUGUGUGUGUGUGUGUGUGUGUGUGUGUGUGUGUGUGUGUGUGUGUGUGUUCCCUGGAGAAGGGAAGCGAUUACGGCACAGAGGCUCCUUUAGAUUCUCAUCUUAAACCUCUUUGGAACAUGUUUAAAUUCCAGAAGUGAAUGAACUUCAUUCAUUCUCUCCUCCAGAUUUCAGAAGGGACUGAAGUGAAUGGAGGCUUUUUCACUCCCUGGCAUGCCAAGAGCCACAUUCCCUAGCUCUGUGCCUGCACAGUGAGUCUUCAGAAUUUGGCCCACCACACCCUCUGCUAGUAUCGUUUCCACCACCCUCCUCAUCCUCUGUCAUCUUUAUUUCAUUCUCAUCGUUUAUCUCUACCUCCAGUUCAGACGCCAUGCUGGCUGUGGCUCUUUUCUUCAUCACCAUCAGAGUGAGGCAAAGAUGUAUCCCGGCCUAGUUAUAAAGACAAAUAAUACAUGAUAAGAAAUCAUUAAUUUUUUCCACGUGGGGGGCGGUCCUGUCCUAGUGAUUCAUAUAUAUAUAAUUUUUGACUCCUUACAAUAAUUCUGGGAUGUGGGUAUUACCCCCAUUUAAGAAUGUGGAAACCAAGGCUCUGAUGGCUGUGUAAUUUGCCAAGGGUCACACAGCUAGGAAGCAAGUUGCUGAUCUGCUUGGUUCCAAAGUCACCUUUUUUUUUCCUCUGAGCACAUUUCUCAGCCACUACUUAGAAGCUCUUGAGAUAAAGCUGGCCUAGCUCAGGUCCACCUAGGUUUUGAGAUUGCCCUUUGCCCAAGGAGGAGUUGUGUCCUUGGCUCACCUGUCGUCUGCCUGUGACUGGACUUGAACCCUUGCAGGUCUCAGCUGACAUCCUCGAUGCUGCUGGCUGCCUUCCUCUCCCUGUUUCCUCUCCGUGAAUCCAGGGGUUGGAAGCACACAGGAGUUGGACAUGUCAAUUCUGUAGCUCUUCUCCCAACACCACUGAAGGCCAUGAGCCUCUCUCCUGUUGCCAGCCUGCAGGUGCCCCAUUGCUGCUCUUCAUUCCAGCUUCUCCUCACUUUUCUCUCAGCUUCUUGAGCUUGGAAGCCUUACUGUAGCUUGUGUCUCCUCCCUGGGCACUUGAGGUCAGGCUUUUGCCUUUUUGUCACAUUGAGCCACAUGCCCUUGAUACACAGUUGUAGCAAAGAAGGGAGGUGAUGAACUUGCUCACUUUGUUUUCUGAUUUCCCUCCCUACUCAUCCUGCACAUUCACCCACAACCACUCCCCACCGAAACCCAGAUAUCUUAUAGUCUAAGGCUUGUAGAGGAAUAAGGAAAGGAAUUGGAGAUGGGUUUUACUUAGUUCACAGAAAAGCUUUCUUUGGGAUUUUUCCUCCCCCUUAGGGCUUUUAAGUCUAGGUGAAGUGAAAGUUCACGUGUGUGUUUGUUUGGUUCCUCUGUAAUUAGCUACUAGUUUUUAACCCUAGACCUUCUCUGCUCCAAUGUCUUGUCCAUGUGUCCUGACCCCGUGUCCUUGAAUUCCCACUUUGCUUUGGGAUUUAAGUUAUUGUAUGUUGUCAACAAUAUUUAAAGAUGAAAAAGUCCUGAAGGAAACUUAUCAGGUUUUCCUUUGGCUUUUUUUUGUUUUUCUUUCAAGGUACUGUAAAUUGUUAACUAGGGAUGCCAAGCAGGCUUGGUUCAAUGGCUAAACCUCUUAUUGUAUUACAGUGUAAUGCUGAUCUCAGCCUGGUCUCAAUGCCAGAGCACACAGAGACUUGAAUAAAACUGUUACAACGAUUA